AGAGGAGUGCGGAAGUAGUAGUUUGGUCUUUGGUGUGAAGUGAAUAGAAAAAAGAAUGGAAGCAGUGAGGGAGUGGGGAAACAGGGCGUUGGCGAGUGUGGACCCAGAAAUCCACGACCUCAUUGAGAAGGAGAAGCGCCGUCAAUGGCGUGGAAUAGAGCUAAUAGCCUCAGAGAAUUUCACCUCCUUCGCCGUAAUAGAGGCCUUGGGGAGUGCCCUCACCAACAAGUACUCCGAGGGCAUGCCCGGUAACCGCUACUACGGCGGCAACGAGUUCAUCGAUCAGAUCGAGAACCUCUGCCGUUCCCGCGCCCUCCAGGUCUUCCACCUCGACCCCGCCGCAUGGGGCGUCAACGUCCAGCCUUACUCCGGCUCUCCGGCCAACUUCGCCGCCUACACGGCGGUCCUCCAGCCCCACGACCGCAUCAUGGGCCUGGAUCUGCCCUCCGGCGGCCACCUCACCCACGGCUACUACACCUCCGGCGGGAAGAAGAUAUCGGCCACCUCCAUUUACUUCGAGAGUCUUCCUUACAAAGUGAACUCCUCCACGGGAUUCAUCGACUACGAGAGGUUGGAGGAGAAGGCGUUGGAUUUCAGGCCCAAACUUAUAAUCUGCGGUGGCAGUGCGUACCCUAGGGAUUGGGACUAUGCCAGGUUCAGACAGGUUGCUGAUAAGUGCGGCGCUCUUUUGCUCUGUGACAUGGCUCACAUCAGUGGUCUCGUGGCAGCUCAGGAAGCUAAUAAUCCGUUUGAGUACUGUGACAUUGUGACUACGACGACGCACAAGAGUCUGAGGGGGCCUAGGGCGGGUAUGAUCUUCUACCGGAAGGGGCCUAAGCCGCCGAAGAAGGGGCAGCCGGAGAAUGCAGUUUAUGAUUUUGAGGAUAAAAUAAACUUUGCGGUGUUUCCUUCGCUUCAGGGGGGUCCUCACAAUCACCAGAUUGGGGCACUUGCGGUGGCACUGAAGCAGGCUCUGACGCCGGGAUUCAAGGCGUAUGCGAAGCAGGUUAAGGCCAAUGCAGCUGCGCUUGGAAGCUACUUGAUGAGCAAGGGGUACAGUCUUGUCACUGGAGGAACUGAGAAUCAUCUUGUCUUGUGGGAUCUCCGUCCCCUUGGCCUGACCGGCAAUAAGGUCGAGAAGCUUUGUGACCUCUGCCACAUUACUGUCAACAAAAAUGCUGUUUUUGGUGAUAGCAGUGCCUUGGCCCCUGGAGGAGUACGGAUUGGUGCCCCAGCCAUGACUUCAAGGGGCUUGCUUGAGAAGGACUUUGAGCAGAUCGGGGAGUUUCUUCACCGUGCAGUCACUCUCACACUGGAGAUCCAGAAAGAGCAUGGAAAACUUUUGAAGGAUUUCAACAAAGGCCUAGUCAACAAUAAAGCUAUUGAAGAUCUCAAAGCUGAUGUUGAGAAAUUUGCAGCUUCCUUCGAUAUGCCCGGUUUCCUAGUAUCUGAGUUGAAGUACAAGGACUAGGUUCAAAAUACACCUAUCCUCUCAUCAUGUUUUAAUUCCUGCGCUAGAUGGGGGAAAUGAAGAUGAAGAAAACAAAUGUUCUAUCACGGAUAUCACAUAGGCUAGCUUAUUGGCUUUUUGAUUCAAUUUUAAGUUCAUUUGUCUGUUACUUUUUGUAUGCUGAUGUUAUAUUUUCUUAAUAACAAAUGAAAUAUUGUGCGUUUCCUUAGGGAGAUUUAUUGCUUA